AGUUGUCAUGCUUCCAAUUGAAAACAAAUAUUCAACACACAAAAUCUCCUAUCAAUACAAUCGCUUCAAAUUUUAUUGAAGAAAAAAGAAUUGUGAACAUUUUCACGAAAGAAAAUCUACAGCAGUAUCAUGGAUCUCAAUACGAGUGACGAAGCUUUAAUAAAAAAGGAAAUCAUUUACAGGGGUUCCAAAUAUAUACCUCUAGUUGAUGGAACAAAAGUGAAAUUUCAUUACCAAACUAAAACAUGCUAUGAUAAUAAUGACCAAAAAAUAAUUGAUGACAGCAAGAAGUAUGGAAAACCAAUGGAAUUAAUUAUCGGGAAGAAGUUCAAGUUUGAAGUAUGGGAAGCAAUUGUUAAGAAGAUGUCUUUAAAUGAAGUUGCAAAAUUUCGCGUUCAUAAAUCACUUGUAGCUCAAUAUCCAUUCAUUUCAAAAACACUACGCGAUAUUGAAAAACCAAAAGAGGAACGAAAACACUGUUGCGGUAUGACAAUACAAAACGAGGGAAUUGGAUACAAAGAUUUGGAUGAAUUGUUUGCAAAGCAGUGUGAUUUGGAAUUUAUCAUAGAACUAAUUUCGGUUGAAUUGCCAACCGAAUAUGAAAAAGAAUCGUGGCAAUUAACUGAAAAUGAGAGAUUCAGUACAAUAAAGGAAAAUCGCGAAAUAGGAAAUGAGUUAUAUCGAAACGGGAAAAUUGCCGAAGCUGAAGAUAAAUAUAGAGCUGCGCUGGCAAUCAUUGAGCAGCUUUUGUUGAAAGAAAAACCACAUGAUACCGAAUGGAUGGAAUUGAUUAAAAUUAAAAUUCCAUUACUACUUAAUUAUUCACAAUGUAAAUUAUUGAAAAAGGACUACUAUGCAGUUAUUGAACAUUGUACCGAAGUACUUAAACAUGAGCCAAAUAAUGUUAAGGCCUUGUAUCGAAGAGCGAAGGGACACGUCGGCGCAUGGAAUCCAGAUGACGCUAAGAAGGACUUCCAAAGAUGUCUAGAACUUGACACGGGCCUAACAAAAAGUAUUAACCGUGACUUAAGCCAACUAAAUGAGGACAUUAAGUUAAACGAAGUCGAAGCAAAACUUCGAUAUAAGAGUUUGUUUUCCUGAAAUGAAAAAUUGUAAUUAUGUCAUAUUGUAAACUAUCAGUUUCGUAAUACAGUGUCCAAAAUAUA